GUUCGCGUUCCCGCAACGGGCGUUCUCGGCGCGGCAACCCGUCGCCGGACCCCGAGAACAAGGUGGAGCGCGUCUACAUCUGGGACCUGGACGAGACCAUCAUCAUCUUCCACUCGCUCCUCACGGGUACCUACGCCAGGACCUUCGGGAAGGACACUGCCAAUGCGGUUCAGCUGGGCUACCACAUGGAGAAGCUCAUAUUUGACCUGGCAGACACGCAUUUCUUCUUCAAUGAUCUAGAGCUAGAGUUAUUGGCAUCUUGCCUUAUACGAAGCAACUACAGAACCAAAACUUCAAAGCAACCCGGCGACCGCCGCUCAGCGCUGUCCAAGACAGACAGAAACGCGUCGCUUGUGCCUGACGGGCGUAGACAUGAAUUCUCCGCCUUACUGCCUGUACAAAUGACCAAUGCUGCACACAGUUAUUUAUUUUCCCUUACCAUCUCCUCCCACGAAGGUCUCCUUGAUCCCGAGAACAGAGAAAAGUGGCACAGAGUUCGCCAGGAAAUCGAGACUCUGACAGACCAAUGGCUGACAGAAUCCAUGAAGUGCCUGCAGCUCAUAGCCUCCAGGCCCAACUGCGUGAACGUGCUGGUGACCACAACCCAGCUGGUCCCCGCGCUGGCCAAGGUCCUCCUGUACGGCCUUGGCUCCGUCUUCCCAAUCGAAAACAUCUACUCGGCAACCAAAGUCGGUAAAGAGAGCUGUUUCGAGCGCAUUGCCUCGAGGUUCGGUCGGAAGCCAGUGUACGUGGUCGUGGGCGACGGGCGCGACGAAGAGACAGCAGCUAAGCAGCUUGACUUCCCCUUCUGGAGGAUCCAAACCCACCAUGAUUUCGUGAAUCUCUACAAGGCACUGAGCGUGUGCGGUCUCUGAGCACUGCUCGGCUUGCCAUUUCGUCUCAGCUGUAUCUUCCCCUACCUUCUGCCAAGAUUUAACAGCAGUGUCAGUAAUAUUUAAAGUGUACAUUGCUUCUGCUAAUCUAUGUAAGUGUAGACAUUUUAAACCUUUCCCCCAUAGCUCAGAGUUAGUUGGUAGUAAAGUCAUUCACUCGUGCGAGAGUAUGAAGCAUUCUGCUCAUUCCAUAUCCUUUCUCUGUACUUGUCUGUUUGAUGGCGGAAACAGCUGUGCACUUUCCCCAUGUAGGUCCUUUAAGCUUUUUUUUUUUUUUUUUUAUCUCCUGUGAGAUAUGAUUAUCGCUACUGAUUUGAACAAGAUAAAUGUUCAACAAGAAAACAACAGAUCAAAUCAGCGGAUAAAAGUGAAGCUUGCGAUUAAGAUUUCGGCUAAAGCACAUCGUGGCUUCGAUGGAACAGACUACCAAAAAAAGUGGUCUUUUGUGAACUUCUGAGGAAGUGUGAUUUAAGUGACAUUGUCCAUUUUGUUUAAAGACUUGAUUUAUGAUUAUUGACAAUGAAAGUAUGGAUGAAAACUUCCUAUCAAGACCCAACUGCGAAGACUGACUUGCUUUCCUUCCUUGAGCUGGCUCAGCACCAGAGCAAAGUGAUUCAACAGUGAUUUGUCUGGACCGACACCCUCCACACGCUGGACGUAAUGCAAGUGCAAAAGAAUCCAGAAUUAUUCCAUUGUUCGCAGAAAGCUUCUGUGAACUAUGAUUCAAUGCUAAUUCAAUCUGCUAACAGAGACGAAUCUAACAACAAAUAAGAAUCACAUUCAGUAUAUGUAGUGGAGUGAUGUAGUCAGUCAGAUGAUAAGGAAAUACUCGUGAUAAUGCUUGUUGGUUCCAAUUAGCACUUGAAUUAAAUGUCUGAUGUCUAAAUUGACAGUUGAAAACACAAACGUUAUGUAAUAGAGGUGUAUGUUUGCUUUAGACAUUCCCAAAGUACAUAUUCACAAGGUAUAUAUAUAUAUUUCUCAGUAUACUAACAUUUGGUUUGUGUAAGAAAAAGUGAGAUACAGUAGAAUUACUGUACAUAGCAUGGCAUGAGGAUCAUUGUGUAAGUUCACCUUGCAAGCCCUCCAGAGUACUUUGUCCACUCUGAGGGGGUAUUGCAGCGUUAGGAAUACGUCGAAACUGCAUUGCAGAUGUUUCUGCGCGUGGCAAAGUAUUGAUGUUUUGCGGAUUGCACUUCAGAAAGUUACAUCCUUAGUUAAGGCUUGUUCUGGUUGAUUGUAAAGUCACAGCAAUUCCACAAAUUGGUGGUACAGCAUUGUGCCUGUAAAGACUCUUUGUGUUGUAGUGCUGUCACUGAACACUUUUCUGUAUAUAUCUGCCUCUCUUACCAUUACAAUGAAGUAGUUUCCCAGCCAAACGUGAUACAUGAACUGUUUGGUGAACAGGAUGCCUGUUAGGUAGUUAUUCCUGCUUUGAAAAGUCCAUUUAAAUGGCAUAAAACAACGUUCCAUUUAUAUAACCAGAUAAAUUAUCCCUAGUAGUAAUGUUUGUACAAAAUGUAAAGCAUUAGAUGAUUGUCCUAAUCUGCUUUGUACCUUAAUAUUUGUAGUGACUGUAGUGUCAGAAGUCUGGAAUAUAUUGCUGGCCAGUUAACCCACAUUUAUAUUUCUACUGCUUGACAAUGGUACCUUCCUUCAGAGAAAGAUCGAUACAGUAGAAGGCCUCUUAUAUAUUCCAGUUUUCUUUUUAAGAUAUUGUGAUAAUGCAGUUAAUUUUUGAUACAUGCUUCUACACAAAAGGAUUGCAGUAGCUGACGGAUAUUAGAUUUCCUGGCCUUUCCCGUGUCACUGAGGUGAGACUAGCUUUCGGGCCGCGUUCAGCCGGCGGCGUGCAGGGCUAAGAUGAUGCUGUACUUUAAAGAAAAUUAUUGCGAGUAAUUAUACUGAUGCGGUGAUACGGUUAGCAUCAGUGUUGGUGUACAUUUGGCUAUAUCCUCAGUCCCAUUUUGUUUAUUAUAUUUAUUACUCUCUCACCCUUCAAACUGGGAACAUGAUAAAGCUAUCCAAAUAUCUUGCAUGUAGAUUGAUAUUUAUGUAGGAUAUCAGUUAUUGUUAAGUAUAACUUUGUAACUGAAAUAUAGCACCUCAGCAAUAAGCUGCUUUUUCUUUAAUUGUUAAGAAGUGAAACCUUUUUAUCUCACUAGGUUUAAUUGGUACGUCAGCGCUGCCUCCCGAAGUAGUCUGAUGUGUUCGUGAAAUAAGAUUCUUAUCAGGGGGAUAUCCGGAUCCGCCUGUUGAUUAACAGAGCGCAUUUACAGUGAUACUCCUGUUUAGGGCAAAUGCUUUGAACUGUUCGCCCAAGCACAGUUACUUUUCCAGUCACGCUGUCCCAACCGACUCUAUGUUUAGUAUCAUCUUACAUUUUCUGCAGACUUAUUCUGAGUCUCAUUACUCCUUCAUACUCUUCUUUGAAGCAAAUCAAAUAGCAUUCAGUUUGUCAUAAUUAUAAUGUCUUUCAUAUGUAUUUCCAAACCUUUUGUUAUAAUGCCUGUAGGUAGUCCUGACUGCAAAAGCAGUUGAAAGUAUCUGGGAUAGAUCUUUGGAUGCAGGGUUGCAUUCUGUCCUUCGUCACAAAGAAAUUAAUGGGGAUUGUCGUUAUCAUUAUUAUUUCUUUGAGAAAGUCGGUCACUGAGUCAUUUGACAGGCAAAAAAUGGGCGAGGUGAAACACCUGGACUUAUAUUUAUUUACAUAUACAGGUGUUUUACAAUAAGAUGUCUUGUGGGCUUUAAAUUUACUCCAUACGUUUCCGUUUUGGAGUCUAAUGACUGAUCUUUAAAUUCAACAUCCCAGAUCAUGUCUCAUUUUUGUGUACCAGCAGAAGAUGGUUUUAAGAAAAUGUUCCGAAAUAGGAAUUUUCUCAGGUGAGGAUGAUCAAAAUGUACUGUCUGAUGUUAAUCCAUAUUCCAUUCAGCGAGCUUUGUAGGGGUUUUCUCCCCGUCAAUGGGACUGAAUGUUAUGAAGCUGAGUACCAGUGUAAAAUGGCUCCCAUCUUGCAAAACAGGAUUCUGAUGUGAUAUAGUUUCCAGCCAUGAUCUAUUACUGAUGCACAAGCCUCCAAAGACCAAAUGCCUGCCGUGGAAUGAACACGAAUGUGAUGCAGUAAUUGGUAACUCUCAAUAAUCCUCUGAUUGAGCUUCUUGGUGAAGUGGAAAAUUCCAUAAUUACUGAACUGUUUUUGUAAAUGUAAUUUCAGUAUCCAUUCUUUUAUUUUUAAAGUAGGUAGUAGGUAGACUGCCUGUGUGAAAAAGGUCAACGUCACAAAAUUUAAACUUGCACUUUUGGACACAAAUGUGAAGUUAAUGCACAACCUAAAAGUACGAAACUUUUGUUUAAAUGUAAAAAAAUUGCAGGCAAUAUCUCCUGUUAAUCUGACUAUAUCUGGACUUCCUUCAGUAUUUGUAAUUCUUAUUAAUGUAUGGUUACAAAUAUGUGAGUAAUAAAUUACUAUACUUUUA